AUGGCCGCGAAACCAAAUUCUAUAGGAAAUGAAGGUCAAGCUGCUUCUGAUGAUAUUCCUCUGACAUCUUUAGAAGAAAGCCUUUUAAGUUUAGAGAAGUUGGAUCGAGCUUCUCCAGAGCUAUGGCCUGAACAAAUUCCCGGAGUUUCUGAUUUCGUUCCUUUGCAAAAUCCAGACCAAUCACCACCGUCUUGGAAUAAGGAUCUGACGAAAGAAGACUACAAUUAUAUGCAGCAAUUGGGCUCAUUAACAACAAGUAGUCUCAUAAUGGAAGUGAAAAAGCUCCACGACCUCGCUUAUCAAUUGGGUUUGGAGGAAGCCAAAGAAAUGACUAGAGGAAAAUAUCUUAAUAUAUUUUCAUCAAGACGGCAACGAUAA